AUGUCGGAGCCGACCAUCGGCAUGCCGAAGAUGCCGAAGUUGAGCAUGGUGGAGAUGGAAUACCGGAGGUCCUCCCAGGUGCCCUUGUUGUCGCCGGUCCAGUGGGCGGCGAGCGCGCCGGAACCCACGAAUGUAGACCUCGUGAGGAUGAAUGGCCGCUUCCCCUGGAGGCCUUGGAGGGCCCUGCGGGUGGCCACCGCCUGGGAGAAACCGUAGAGGCUGUGGGCGUUGUAUUCGAGGACGCCGCCGUAGUGGGUGGCACUGGUGGCGAUCGUCUUGAACCCCAGCGGGACCUGGCUCCCCGACGCGUUGAUCUUGUACGGGGGCUCGUCCCAUCUGGUCUCGGUGAUGUUCUUGCAGACCAGGCAGCAGAUCCAGGGGGUAUCGGAGUUGGGCACCGGGCAGGGGUGCGCCGCCGUCGGCAUCUCGCAUUGGCCGGUGCAGAAGUUGGAGACCUCGUUCAUGUCGAUCCAGAGGCCGUCAACGGGGACGAGCUCGUGGAAACGGUCGAUCUCGUCGACCCACCAUGAGACCCCACUGGGGCUGAGGAAGUCGGGGAAGUACACCGGCCCUGGCCACACCUGGGCGAGGUAUGGCUUGCCGCCGUACUUGAUGAAGACGUCCGCCGCCAUUCCCCGGACAAAGACCCCGUAGCUCUCGUUCACGGCGAUCCCCGGGUCGAUGAGGACGAUGUACUUCAUCCCCUGAGCGUGGAUCUUCUCGAGGAAGGCCAGCAGCUUCGCCCGCGGGUAGUUCACGGGGUCGAGUGUGAAGUCCUUGGCGGCGUCCAUGUGGUCGUCGUCGUUCCAGAUGACGUCCAGGGGGAUCCUGGCCUUCUGGUACGCUUCGACGACGCUCUCCACCACCGAGAUGUUCUGAUAGCCCCACCGGCAUUGGUGGAAUCCUGUGAAACCCAAGACCAACCAGAAGAACCAGAGAUGUUUUCAAACCCGUUGCCGGAAAGAAGAAGAUCCAUCCAUGAGGGGGAGAGAGUCAGACCGAAGGCCCAGUAGGGCAUGGGAGCGGGGCGGCCGAUGAGAGAGGUGUAUUGGUCCACCACUCCGAGGGGAGUCGGCCCGGAGAAGAAGUAG